UAUUCGUCAAUUUUCCGCUCGUUCAUUUCAUCAUAUUAAUCGUUGGCGUUCAGUGUGUGCAUACGUUGUAACUUGUAACUGUUCUGAGCUCAAGGAGCAUUCAAGAGAACUCAAGUAACUUUUCUACGUGUACGUUUAUUUGGAUUUCAAUCGAUUUAACCAUCAUAUUGCAAUAUAUUGGUCAUGGACCGAAAAAAGUCCAUCAUUUGGGUCCUAUUGUUUUUGGCUUCUUCGAUCACAGCCAAAGACGCAGGAAAAUCCAAAGAAGAACUCGGAACCGUGAUUGGAAUUGAUUUGGGCACAACUUAUUCAUGUGUUGGAGUGUAUAAAAAUGGGCGAGUUGAGAUCAUUGCUAAUGAUCAGGGUAACAGAAUCACUCCAUCGUAUGUAGCAUUCACAGCAGAAGGUGAACGUCUCAUCGGUGAUGCUGCUAAAAAUCAACUUACAACAAAUCCAGAAAAUACCGUUUUUGAUGCCAAACGUUUAAUUGGACGUGAUUGGUCUGACAAAAAUGUCCAACAUGAUGUCAAGUUUUUCCCUUUCAAGGUGAUAGACAAAAAUUCCAAGCCUCAUAUUGAAGUUGAAACUAACAAAGGCACGUCAAAAGUAUUUACGCCUGAAGAAAUAUCGGCUAUGGUCUUAGGAAAAAUGAAGGAAACCGCCGAAGCGUAUUUAGGAAAGACGGUCACACACGCCGUAGUUACUGUUCCAGCAUAUUUCAAUGAUGGUCAACGUCAAGCAACUAAAGAUGCUGGAGCCAUUGCUGGUUUGACUGUUAUGAGAAUUAUCAACGAACCAACAGCUGCUGCUAUUGCGUACGGUUUAGACAAGAGAGAAGGCGAAAAGAAUGUUCUUGUAUUUGAUUUGGGCGGUGGUACUUUUGAUGUAUCCUUGUUAACUAUUGACAACGGAGUAUUUGAAGUGGUCUCUACAAAUGGUGACACUCAUUUGGGAGGUGAAGAUUUCGAUCAAAGAGUUAUGGAUCACUUCUGCAAGCUGUACAAGAAAAAGAAGGGCAAAGACAUAACAAAGGAUAAACGAGCUGUACAGAAGUUGAGACGUGAAGUGGAAAAAGCAAAGCGUGGUCUGUCUGCUAGUCAUCAAGUGCGCAUUGAAAUUGAAAGCUUCUUUGAGGGAGACGAUUUCUCAGAAACUCUGACUCGUGCCAAAUUCGAAGAGCUCAACAUGGAUUUGUUCAGGUCUACCAUGAAACCGGUGCAAAAGGUAAUGGAAGAUGCUGACAUGAACAAAAAGGACAUUGAUGAAAUUGUAUUGGUCGGCGGUAGUACGAGAAUUCCCAAAGUACAACAGUUGGUAAAAGAAUACUUCAACGGAAAAGAACCAUCCAGGGGUAUCAACCCAGACGAAGCUGUUGCUUACGGCGCUGCUGUGCAAGCUGGAGUCUUAUCUGGAGAACAAGAUACCGAUGCCAUUAUCCUUUUGGAUGUGAACCCGCUCACGAUGGGUAUUGAAACCGUCGGAGGGGUAAUGACCAAAUUGAUUCCUCGUAAUACUGUAAUCCCGACGAAGAAGAGUCAAAUUUUCUCGACCGCUGCGGACAACCAAAACACUGUCACUAUUCAAGUGUUUGAAGGUGAAAGACCGAUGACUAAGGAUAAUCAUCUUCUUGGCAAAUUCGAUCUUACCGGUAUUCCUCCGGCACCUCGUGGUGUACCACAAAUUGAAGUCACGUUUGAAAUCGACGCCAAUGGUAUUUUGCAAGUAAGCGCAGAGGACAAGGGUACCGGUAAUAGGGAAAAGAUUGUUAUCACCAACGAUCAGAACAGACUGACCCCGGAUGAUAUAGAACGCAUGAUCAAGGACGCAGAGAAGUUUGCUGACGACGAUAAGAAAUUGAAGGAACGUGUGGAAUCUAGAAAUGAACUCGAAUCGUACGCAUACUCGUUAAAGAACCAAAUUGCCGAUAAAGAAAAGUUGGGCGGAAAAUUGUCGGAUGCGGAAAAAACCAAAAUGGAAGAAGUCAUUGACGCCAAAAUCAAAUGGCUGGACGAGAACCAAGAUGCUGAUUCUGAGCAAUACAAGCAACAAAAAACCGAACUGGAAAGUGUGGUCAAUCCGAUCAUAUCGAAACUGUACGCUAGCACUGGUGGCGCACCACCCCCACCUGCUGGUGAUGCAGAUGCCGAAAAGGAUGAACUUUAAGGUGUAAUUGAAUUUGUUUCAAGCCUCGUGUACAUAAGACUGCUGAUAAGGUUUCUCCUUUCGGGUUAUAUUAAGCAGUUAGGUUAACGUUUAGCUAAUCUAUAUUUUUUUAAUUAUUAUUACAUUCUAAUUCUAAUUUAUAUAAUUCGUCAUUUCAUAAAUGAUGUUAAUUAUUUGUUUUUUUGUUUUUUUUUUUUGUUCCAUGAAUUUUAUUUUAAUAAAUAAAAACGGUCGAUUUGUUUGGUC